AUGCGUAAAUUGGUACCAAUAGAUUCAGUAUGGAUGAUAAAUGAACAAACAUAUCGACAGGAGCAAAACUUUUGCAUUCAGCCUGAUAGGAAUUUGGCUAGGUGUAAAUCACCGAUGGGUUGCUAUCAGAUCCGAUAUGCUACGGUUACUGAUCCACGUAUUAUACCCAGUAAUCUUCCAGCUGGUUGCAUAUCAGAUAUUGAUCAAACAUUAUUGAAAAAAUAUCCAUACUUGGCAUUAUGCUCAAAUUAUCUAAAAAAUGGGUUUGCUAAGAAAUGCUUUUACACGGAUACACGUGAUAUAAUAACGGCUAUACCAUUGAUUGUAUGUUGUUGUAAUACCAAUCCUUAUAAUGAUUGUCCAUCACGUGCUGAUGUGAUCAAUUUAGGAUAUCUUUAUGAAAUGAGAAAAAACCAAAAGAAAUCUGAAAUUUCAUUUGAAGAGAAAGAAAGAAUGGAAACAGAAGAAAAAUAA